AUGGGCACCUUUAAGGCACAUGAUGGUGAAUAUUUUUUAGAACCUCUGAUGAAAGCGGAUGGAAGUGAACAUGAAGAUGAACAUAACAAACCACAUCUUAUAUACAGGCAUGAAGAAACUAAAAAAAAGUAUCAGAAAUCCCAUAAACCUUGUGAAGCUUCAGAAAAAGAGUUGAAGAGCACUUUACUACAUCGAACUUUCAGCAGUUUAAAUGAAGAGAGCAAUGUUUUACAGAAGUCUCUCAGUUUAGAGUAUGCUUUAAAUAACCUGUCUAUAGAGGAUGAUGGUAAUCCACAUUCCAGGAAAAAACGUUUUCUUUCCUAUCCAAGAUAUGUAGAAGUGAUGGUUACAGCUGACACCAAAAUGGUUCGUCACCAUGGGCAGAAUUUACAGCACUACGUAUUAACGCUGAUGUCAAUAGUUGCAGCAAUCUAUAAAGAUUCAAGUAUUGGAAAUCUUAUAAAUAUAGUUAUUGUAAAAUUAAUUGUAAUUCACCAUGAACAGGAAGGACCAGCUAUCACUUUUAAUGCAGCUACCACUCUUCGUAAUUUUUGCUUAUGGCAGCAAGCACAAAACAAUUUGGAUGAUGCUCACCCUUCACAUCAUGAUACUGCUGUUCUUAUCACUAGGGAAGAUAUCUGCAGAGCUAGAGAGAAGUGUGAUACUCUUGGUUUAGCAGAGCUAGGUACAAUGUGCGACCCGCUGCGCAGCUGUUCUAUAAGCGAAGAAAAUGGAUUGAGUGCUGCUUUUACUAUAGCACAUGAGCUUGGACAUGUAUUUAAUGUGCCUCAUGAUGACAGUUUUAAAUGUAAAGAAGCUGGAAUUAAACAUCAAUACCAUGUGAUGGCUCCAACUUUAAAUUACCAUACAAGUCCAUGGACCUGGUCAAAAUGCAGUCAAAAAUAUAUCACUGAAUUUCUUGAUACUGGUUAUGGUGAAUGUCUCCUAGACAAACCUAGUGGAAGAAUAUAUGAUCUUUCCUCUCAGCUGCCUGGGUCAAUGUAUGAUGUCAACAAGCAGUGCGAACUUAUGUUUGGUCUUGGGUCACAAGUGUGCCCGUAUCUGAAACAGUGCAAACGCUUAUGGUGCACGAGCACAGAAGGGGUUCACAAGGGCUGUCGUACUCAGCACAUGCCUUUAGCUGAUGGAACGGUUUGCGGUGUGGGAAUG